AUGUCUUCUAAAGGGUUGCUGGAACGUCUUGAAAAUGGCUGGCAAAUCCUAAUAGCGGAAGGAUACUUGCUGGAAUUGGAGAGAAGAGGUUACCUGCAAUCGGGAGGAUUUAUACCAGAAGUGGUUUUAGAACAUCCGGAAAUAGUGCGAAGUGUGCAUCGCGAAUUUGUUCAUGCUGGUACCGAUGUGGUGCAAGCAUUCACAUACUAUGGCCAUAGAGAGAAAUUACGAAGUAUUGGCCGAGAAGAUGAUUUAGAGAGACUCAACAGAACAGCACUUAAGAUCGCGCGAGAAGUGGCGAACGAGACUGGGAUUUUGAUGGCUGGCGGUCUGUGUAACUCCAACAUCUAUGAUCAAGAUGAUCUCGAUUCACAUGAAAAAGUGAAAGCAAUGUUCAAGGAACAGGUGGAGUGGGCGGUUGAAGAGGGGGCUGACUAUAUCAUAGCAGAAACAUUGGCUUACUACGGAGAAGCUAAACUAGCUCUAGAGGCUAUACAACUGUAUGGAAAAGGUCUCCCGGCUGUGAUCACUUUAACAUGCUACGUUCCGAACAAAACGAUAGAUGGACUGCCGAUUGUUGAAGCGUGUCGUAAACUGGAGGAGACGGGAGCGGCCGUAGUGGGUCUUAACUGUGGGCGUGGCCCGAGGACAAUGUUACCAACAAUAAAAGAAAUUAGGAAAGUGUGCAAGGGACCAAUAGCCGCGCUUCCUGUGACAUUCAGGACUACCGAAAAAUGUCGCACUUUGGUAUCGUUAAAGGAUCCGGAAACUGGAAAAGACGUGUAUCCGACAAACUUGCACUGUGUCAUGUGUAGUCGGGAUGACAUCAAAGAAUUUGCAGAAGAAGCGAAAGCGAUUGGAGUCAGUUACGUAGGACUAUGCUGUGGAAAUGCCCCGUUCUACUUCCGGGAGGUAGCAGAGGUGUUCGGGCGGAAACCUGGCUCGUGCAAAUAUUCACCAGAUGAAUCUGCUAAUUCGUUUGUAGGCAAACCUACAAAGUAUGCAGAAAGAAUGAAAGAGUUUACGAGAGUUGACAAUAUUUGA